GGAAACAAUCCCCAUUCAGAAAGAUGUCCAUCAACAGCAUGUGGACUUUCACUUUUGUUUUUGCUGCGAUAAUCACAGAAGUUUACUCCAGGCAAUAUACGAUGCGAGACUUUGAUACAACUCAGGUCCUUCAAGUGGAGAAAGGACAAUAUGUGGAAAUAAGAUUUGGCAUCUGGAAGGCCUCGUGGUCUGGAGCACCUUGUGCUGAUGAGGAGUAUCUUGAGAUCCGUGAUGGCUAUAAUCAGUCUGCCAAUCUACUGGGUGUAUUUUGUGGAAUGAACACUCCUUUUUUUACCCUGCGAUCCAGUGGACAUAACAUGUGGUUAAGAUUUUCACCUCAGCAUGGAUACCGGUUUAAAUUUGAUUGAAAGUAUGAGGGAAA